AUGGAUGUGCAAAGUGUUCUACAUAUGAACAGUGGAGUUGGUGACAUGAGCUAUGCCAAGAAUUCUACUGUUCAAAAGAUGAUAACAAACUUGACGAAGACAGCAAGGCAAGAGGCAGCCGUCGACUCAUUCCGAGCAGCCAUUUGCCCCACGACGAUGACUAUUGCCGACCUGGGCUGCUCUGUUGGUCCGAAUGCACUGCUGAUGGCCUCCGAAAUUAUUGACGCGAUUGCGCAAGCAAGCCAUCAGCUCAACCGCGGGCCAUCGGAGAUCCAAGUCUUCCUCAACGACCUCUCGGGAAACGAUUUCAACACUCUCUUUAGCUUAUUGCCUGAGUUUCACAAGCUUAGAGAAAGGAAGUUACAAGAGAGUGAACAAGAACAAGUGCAUUGCUUCAUAUCAGGAGUUCCUGGAUCUUUCUAUGGGAGGUUGUUUGUUAGCAAGAGCUUACAUUUUGCGUACUCUUCCUCUAGCCUUCAUUGGCUCUCCCAGGUGCCUCAAAUGCGACUACAAGAUGGAAGUGAAGUACCUCUCAACAACAAGGGAAAAAUCUACAUAUCACAUAUUAGCCCACCAAGUGUGUUUGAAGCAUAUAAGAAGCAAUUCAAGAGGGACUUCUCCUUGUUCCUCAAGUGCCGUAGGGAAGAGGUGGUGGAGGGUGGCCACAUGGUGUUGACAUUCGUGGCAAGGAGAAGCUCCAAUCCCUCAACCCCCCUAUUGGGUAGCUACUUGUGGGAGCUUUUGGCAAAAACACUCAUGGACAUGGCCUCACUGGGCCUUAUUGAAGAGGAAAAGGUGGACUCCUUCAACUUGCCCUGGUAUGAACCAUCUAUGGAGGAAGUGAAGAAUGAGAUCACAAUCCAAGGCUUAUUUUCCAUCAAGAAAAUUGAACUCUUUGAAGUAAACCUGGAUGAUAAUUCUCAAGAAGCCCCUCGAAAUGAUCAUAAUUACAACCCAGUGGACAAAAGUGCUCAAACAAUGGCUAAGACGGUUAGAGCUGCUCUUGAAUCCGUGCUCAAAAGCCAUUUUGGAGAAGCAAUUAUUGAGAAGCUGUUCGAGAGAUACUGCUUCUUGCUUGAGGAGUAUUAUUCUAAGAAUAAAGCUGAAGUGAUCAACAUACUUAUUGUUCUUGAGAGAAAGUAG